AAGAUGGUGGUCCGGUUGAGGCCUCGGAAAGUCGCUUGGAGAUUCCGGGCGGCCGCGGCCGCUGCAGUCGCCAUUCUGGUGGUGCAGAGUUUGGCAGUGUGGACCUUCAGCGGCCUGGAGAGUGAGGAGGCAGAGAAGGGGAGGGAGAAGAGAACCAAAUUGCCAGACAGCAAUGAAGUGGACAGUUCUGAUGGAAGGCAUCUGGGAUCCAGCCGACGGUUGAGCCCAUGGAGAGCAAGUAGGGAGCAGCCGGGUAGCACUGCUAGCGUACUGAGGACUAGUUUAGUGAGACGCAAACCUUCAGCACGGCACAGAAUCCCUCCAAAAGUCCACUACAGUGAUACCAUCCAAAAUGAUCCAUUCAGCAGCAGAAACACCAGUGAAGUGAAAGUGGAAUUGAAGAAUGGGGACAUCGGCAGUGUGGGAGGAGCUCCUCAAUCCACCAGCAAUGGCUUCUCACCCAACUGUGACAUCAUGGGGAAGGAUGCCUUGUCUGCAUUAGCCAGGGCGAGCACUCAGCAGUGCCAGCAAGAAAUUGCAAAUGUUGUCUGUUUACACCAGGUUGGGAGACUGAUGCCACACACUAUACCUCGCUCUUGUCAUCUCUCAGGGAAACCUAACAACAACAUCCAGUGGGACGACAGCAGUGUGGAUGUGGCAUCAAUCCAAACCCCAGUAAGAAUUGUAUAUAUGCUCGUCGUUCAUGGUAGAGCCUUCAGGCAGCUCAAGCGGCUGAUCAAAGCCAUCUAUCAUCAGUACCACUUUUAUUACAUCCAUGUGGACAAGCGUUCCAAUUACCUGCACAGAGAGACGCUGAAGCUGUCACAACAAUACCCAAACAUCCGGAUAACCCCAUGGCGAAUGGUUACAAUCUGGGGAGGGGCAAGUCUGCUGAAGAUGUACCUGCACUGCAUGAAAGAUCUACUGGAAAUGACAGAUUGGGACUGGGACUAUUUUAUCAACCUGAGUGCCACUGACUACCCCACCAGGACAAAUGAUGAGCUGGUGGGAUUCCUGUCCAGGUAUAGAGAGAAAAAUUUUCUGAAAUCGCAUGGCCGGGAUAAUGCCAGGUUCAUCAAGAAACAAGGCUUAGAUCGAAUAUUCCAUGAAUGUGACAACCAUAUGUGGCGCCUCGGAGACAGGCAGAUCCCUGAAGGCAUUAUAGUGGAUGGUGGUUCUGAUUGGUUCGCUCUGACUCACAAGUUUGUGGCUUAUGUGGUGAACACACAGGACGAGCUGGUCACCCAGCUAAAACGGUUCUACUGGUACACGCUACUUCCAGCUGAGUCAUUCUUCCACACAGUGCUGGAAAAUAGCCACAUGUGCGAGACACUGGUGGACAACAAUCUGCGGGUCACCAAUUGGAACCGAAAGCUCGGCUGCAAGUGCCAGUACAAGCACAUUGUGGAUUGGUGUGGCUGUUCACCAAAUGACUUCAAGCCACAGGACUUCAUAAGACUUCAGCAAAUGACCAGGCCAACAUUUUUUGCUCGGAAGUUUGAAUCAUCAGUUAACCAGGAGGUGAUUGAUAUAUUGGACUCCCACUUGUAUGGUAGUUACCCUCCAGGGACUCCAGCUCUGAAAGCCUACUGGGAAAAUGUCUUUGAUCAGGUGGAUGGGUUGAGCAGCCUCACUGAUGUUACAAUUACCAGCUACAUGGCUUUCUUCAGGCUUGGCCUGAGCAAAGUGCAGGCAUUGCAGCAACCAGGAACAGAUGACCGCUGCAGGUUUGAGCCUGUGGGACAUACUCUCUCUGUCCAUCUUUACUUCUAUGAUGACCAAUUCCAAGGUUACUUAGUGAUGCAGCAAGUUAAGAAUGCGACUACAGAUCAGAAGGAGACCUUGGAGAGCUGGGUGGUACCUCGUCCCAUGCUACAACUGGCAAAUGUUGGCCCAGCACUCAACCGGCUCCAGAAUCUUGAGGUGGGAACAGAAUGGGACCCCAAGGAGCGACUGUUCCGUAACUUCGGGGGUUUGAUUGGGCCUUUUGAUGAGCCAGUUGCCAUGCAGAAAUGGGCUAAAGGCAGUAACAUGACUGCCACAGUUGUGUGGAUUGACCCCACUUACAUCGUGGCAACAUCAUAUGACAUAAUGGUGGAUUCAGAGGCUGAAUAUACUCAUUACAAACCUCCAUUAAACCACCCUCUGCGGCCUGGGAGCUGGACAGUGCGGGUCCUGCAUCAAUGGGUUCUCCUGGCAGAAACCAAGUUCCUCGUGGUUCCCCUGGCAUACAAUGGGAAACAACCUUUCAGAAAAGGACAAGACCAGUGGUUACACGCCGGCCCACCGAACAAUGAGUAUAUGGAUCAAAAUUUCCAGCACCUCAAUGGGAUUCUAAACCUUCCUCCAUCAGAUGUUGCUAUAAAGGAGGCUUUCCAUAACUCACAGCUAGUUGGCAGACCUCUUGAAUUGUGGAUAUAUGAAAGUGUAGGCAAAUUCUGGUCAGCUACCAACACGUGUACAGUUGAACCUUCACCAUGCCCAUUGUUACCACCUUGUCAAAAGACCAUCUGGAGUUCUCUAUCAGAUGACCCAAAAUCUGAACUGGGACCAAUCAAAAGUGAUGGGCGCCUGAGGUAGCACAGAAGGUGGACUUUGGGGGGAGUGUGGUAUGCAGUAGUCAACCUAGCAGAAAGAAACUCACCUGUGAACCGGCAUAUCGAUCUCAUGUCUCACUGGUGGAUGGAAGAAUGACAGCAAUGUAUUAGGAAGACAGCAUAUAGAGUUAAAGAGGAAGGUGAAAUAAUGUGUUACAGAUACCCUGCACCACAGAUCAUCCCAGUACAAUGCAGCAAUUGGGUCUUUGAUGCAUGUUGAAUUGAGGUAUCUGAUCUCAGUACAUGGUGGAUGCAAGAGGAAUCCUAAGACUGUCAUCCCUGAUUGAAUUGGCAUCAGUUGAACAUGGGGGAAGCUCCAACAUUCCUGGUUUCACCCAACUGCCUCUGGAAUCUUUGAUUUCUGCUGGGAUCCAGUUUGUUUUGAGCUAACUGCCAUUGUGGGUGGAAGGAAAUGAAAUGUUCAGUCAUUUGAAAGCUAUCUCCACAUCACUGCAAGGAAGAAAUCAAGCAACUUAAGUUGUUAAGCAUUUUAACAUAUGGCACUAAUUUCAGAACUCUUUAUAAAGACAUUCUUUACAAAAAAAGAUUCUGUCUUCAAUUUUUGGUCAUCCUGUUGAAAAAUAUCUGUGCUAGGGAAUGAAGCACUUUCCAUUCAGGCAUCCAAUGUCAGAAUCAAACACUCCCUGGGAAGAUACAGCACAGAAUUAGAUACAGUUUAACCACCAACUAUGCUGUCCCUGUCUAAGCCCCACAGCAUAAGUAAGGAAUAAUACUCCCUCUGUGCCAACAUUUAAGUUCAGCCCACAGCUGAGAAGGUGAAUAAUAUUUUUUGACAUCCUACAUCAGUUAUCCUGUGUGAGAUUGUCAAAGUACUGAUGAAUUAUCAAAUGUAAAAUAAAUUUGUUUCUAAUUGGCUUGGUAACCUCACAGGCUUUUGCAGACAUUCCAGUCUAUUACAUUUGAAAUCCUAUCAAUAUUUUGAUUCACUAGAUAGAAAUAACCAAAGGCAGAAGAAUGUAAAAAUCGUGAGAAAAGAUUCUUAAAAGAAUUGAAUCAUCUCAAACCAAUGCCUGGCCAUAUAGGACAGCAGUGAGGCUUAGCACAUCUGAGUUCAGGAAAAGAACAUCCAGAUCUCUCACUAUCAAUCACAAACCAAUAACUUGUACAGAGAAGGGCUCCUCAGGUGAAGGCAAGAUUCAAUUCGUCCCAAGGUUCUGUAAUUGAAUAGCAUGUUGAAGAAUCGCCAAUGAUAUGAGGCUCAGAUUUAAGACUGUGACACAGUAAUUCAGGUGUUGUGGACAAUGAGCAGAAUUUUUGUUUUUACCCAGUGAGUUAAGAUCUAGAAUAUCUGGAAUUUCCAGCCUGAACAAGUUGUGGAGAUAGAUUUGAUACUAAUGUCCAAAUGUAAGUAGGAAAAAUAUUUGAAAGGAAACAUUUUUGUGGCUGUCGAGAAAGAGCAUAAUGGGCCAAGUCAGAUAGCUUCUUGAAAAAGCCAUCAAGUACAUGGCCUCCUAGUGGUAUAUCUUUAUGUACUCCAGAGGGUGAAGCAUGCUGCACCCCAAUAAAGGAAGAAAUACAA